UAAACGUUUCUAGAAUCCGUUUUCCACCACCUCGUUACCGCGAACAAUUUGCAACACCGCAGUUCUGCAAACGGCCUCAGAUCAUCCGACAACCAUGGCAGCCAGCCACCACAUGGCCGACAUGGAGCUGUUCAACGUUGAGGCCGACAUGGCCUCCUUCCUCAACGACCUGAGCAACGAAGAUCUUGAUUCUUUUGCAGAGUUGCAAGAUCCCACGAACGAUGACCAGUUCGAAUUAUACGUCUACACCUGCUUCCUCGUCUCCAAGAAGUCAGGUUCAAUGGGACACCUCGAACAAGCUAUUCAGCAAGCAGAAAGAUGGGUUGCAGUUACACCUACAGACCAUUCGGAUCGCACCCGGCGAAGCCAUAUUCAUGAGAUGAUGUUGGCCUGGGGAUACCAAAUUAGGUUCGCCUCAGAAGACAUUGUGGCUACAAAUCUGGGAGAUGACCGAAGAACAGACCAAGAGCCAGUAGUUAACGAAACCGGCAUCCAAACACGUCAUUUAAGCAGUCAAGCGGUAAGACUAGCGAAGAGUUACGAGCAAAUCGGCCACCUCGAAGAUUUGAAAGAGGCCAUUAAGAUUAUGGAACAGGUAUUAGAGCUAGGAGGAGCAUAUAUCGAACCCGAUAUGUUAAGCAACCUAGGGGCGAUGCUUGGUUUGCAGUUCAUACGGAUAGGUUCGAUAGACGACCUCAACCGGGCCGUCGAUGUUACCAGUACAGCAGUAGACGCCACAUCUCAAGACCACCCCAACCGAGUUACUAUAUUCAACAACCUUGGAAUCUGGCUUGAUACGCGAUUCCGCCGGACCGGUUCGAUAGACGACCUCAACCGUGCCGUCGACAUUACUAGUAUAGCAGUAGACGCCACACCUCAAGACCACUCCGAUCGAGCUAGCCUGUUGAAUAACCUUGGAACCUAGACGACCUCAACCGUGCCGUCGAUGUUACUAGUGUCACAACCAGGGCAAGGCAUUGAGGUGAACUCAGUCCAUUGGGUGCUAUCGACGAAGAUUCUAAACUGAGGAAGGAAAGAAGGAAAAGUCCAACGACGCGUC